AACACAAUCAAUUAAAUGAUGAAAUAGUAAAAAUGCCUGAAAUAAGCAUUGAAGAGAAGCUGCUCGCAGAGCUUGAGAAAAUAACUGGACAAUUCUCACAAAAAUGUGAUUUUGAAACUCUUGAAUUAGAAAAUUUGUUGAAAGAUUUUAUUUCUCUCAACGAAGAAACAUUUCAUGAAUUGCUGGCUGAACACGAUCCAUUACAAAUUAUCGAGCAGGAGAAAAUAGCCAUGAUUAAAUCAUCGACUGAGAAUUUGAUGAGCUGCCCGUGUCUGAUUAUUUUCCAUGGAGCUCCGAAGACAGAUUUCCAAUAUUGGGCGAAUAAGACAGCUCGCUUGUUGAAGAUGCCAGCCAAAAGUAUUGAUAGAAUUAUUGUCGACGCUCUUAUUUCGGGAUUGACACCAGCAUCGAGAUCUGUCAAAUUGACAAUUGAGGAGUACUACUUGAAUAAUUUUGAAUCAGAAACGGUGGAGCUGGAUCUUGAACACGUCCCAUUCAGUAUGGUUCCAGAUUCUGAUCCCUACUAUGAACUAACUCGGAAAAUUGAUGCUCUGAUAUGGCUGAAGAACCGAAUCAGUAAUUCUCAGGCUAAUAAACGUGGAAAAUCAACAUCACCAGCCAGCACACCCAAAACUAAAUCUCGGCAGAAAACUGCUCCAAAAUUCCCUACUGAUUGGCAUGAUUGUCUACUCAAUAUCAGCUUAUCUCUUCUGAGAGAAAUCAUUCUUGAAAGUAUCAAUAGAGAAGAAAAAGGACUUGUAGUUGAAACAUUGGCAAACAAAUUUAUAGAAGACCCUCUCAAAGCGCUUACUGUCUUGUUGAGUUGUUGCGAUGUGCAAAAUCCAGUACAUUUUGUCUCAUUAUUCGCUGACUACAAAACCUGGAAGUCAAAUUCUGGUUCAAUUGAUAAGGAAACGAUGCGUCCUACAGAUAAUAAUCAAAUUCAAGCUGGAACUCCUCAACUUACUAAACAGAGUACACCUUCGUCUGCGCGAAAAGAGAAGAAGAAAACUUCCAGUUCAAAGUCUUCCAAGAAGCAGAAAUUGCAUCCGGAUGACAAUAAACAUUCAACGGAGGAAGUGUUACUUGAAGCCGGUUUUAAGAAUUAUGGCAUCGAGCUGAGUUCAUUUCUUUUCCUGUUAGGAAGUUGGGUGCCUAUGAUUAAUCCUCAGGAUGGUUUUGAAAAGAAAUUUAAUAAUGUUCUGAGUAUUGUAAGAAAAGUAUUUCCGAACAAAGGUGGUAAAAAAUCAGAUUCACAGAAGCAAACGAAAUCAACGUCAAAGGAGCAAGGCAAAUUUAAAUUCUCUGUGGGACUCUCAAACUCUGAUGGAACAUCACCUGGUGUCGAUGUUUGGAUAUUUGAUUUUAGAAAAAAUCAUCUCAACAAUAUAAACAAUUUCAUACGAAUAUUGAAGAUGAUGGAGAAAAAAAUAGUUGAAGAAGGGCCUUGCGAACCAGAAAAUCCUUUCUGUAAAGACACUAGCUACUUGAUAAUGAAAAAGCCAGCCAUCAGACAGAUACACGAUCACACCGACAAAGGAUUCAGUUUGAUCAGUGAAAGACAUUCACUGUCUAAAGAUGAGGAAUUAGCAUCGAUCUCACCGUCCAUCUCUGAAUCGUUGAAAAAUUCGGAAGAAAUCUCUGUAAAGCGGCUGAAGGGAUUGGAAUCGAAAUUCAAGAAGUCGAAAAAGAAAAGCAAUGCUGGGAAGAAAAAAGGUCGAAAAUCCGUAGAACCCUUUUCAAGACCCAGUGACUUGACCAGUGAUUUGCUACCCAGCUCUGAUCCUACCAACGUUUCCUGUCAAAUAGUACGGAAAGAAAGUACUUUGAUAUCAAGAGUUCUGCUGGAGCCUGGUGGAACUCAUACCUGGCAGAUUGUUUUCGAGCCUCGACAUAUUGGACAUUACAAAGAUGCGUACGACCUGCAGGUUGCAAGAGGGAGAAAGCUGUAUCAGAUCAAGUGCAGUGGAAAAUGUGAUUUUCCGAGUGUCAACUUUGAUCCCGCUGUCGUAUUUUCUGAGGUUGCUGAAAGUCAUGGAAAAUCGAAGAAUAAGAAGAAGAUAUUUUUAAAAGAUAUUGAAACCUUCAGUUUUGGAUCUUUAUUUGUAAAACCGGAUUGUGGCAGUGAAACUAGAGAAUCAAAUACAACAGCCGCUACUCUAAGAUUUGUUAAUGAUUCUGAGCUGGAUGUGGAAAUGGAUUUAGCAUUCAAUGAAGAAAGUGAAUACAGAAACCAAAACUUCUCGUUUGCACCGAGCAAAUUAUUCAUAUCGAGGUCGUCUCACAAACAUGUAUCAGUUUGGGCUCAUCCCGUGGCUGCUGGAGAACAUGAAGCUACAUUAAUUUGUUCCAUUAAAGAAAAUCCGCAAAUUCAUUCAAUAAAAUUGAGCUGUUCAGGGGUCAUUCCAGAAGUGGAGUUUCUGCCUCCUGUUAUCACUCUCAGUCAUGUUCUGAUUGGCAAGAAAUCGAUACACAAUUUGAAUAUAAUCAACAAGUGUGAUCUGCCAAUUAUAUUCGAGGUAACUGAUGUCGCAUCGCUCGUAAAAGGUCUCUCUAUCGCACCUGCAAAUGGCGUAGUCAAGGAACACGCAGAGGAGGUCGUAGCUUUUGAGUAUACGUCGUCCAAGGUAGAAGUCGUUCAGAAGCAAGUUGAGUUCAAGUUCUAUGAGGACGAACCAACCAAAACUCUACUGUUUUCAAAAUCUAUCAAUUUCCACGUAGAAUGUUACGAGGUUUCCGUUGAUGUUAUAUUUCCUAAAAAAGGCAUUUCAUCUGUUGAUUUCGGAAUUAUGAAGAUUGGUGAGAAAAAUGACAGAGCAUUUUCAUUAAAAAACAAAGGGAAAUUUGGAAUCGGAUUCGAGGUUGAUGUCAUCAAAGUUCCUGGUCUAAACAUCCAUCCGAAAGAGUUCUUAUCUGUUGAACCAAAAUCUGGUGCCAUCCUACCUGGAAAGAUGAUGAACUUGAAGGUUAUAUGCUCAUGCUCAGCGCCUGUGAUCAUAGUUGAUUCACCAGCCAUAAGGAUAAGGAUAAUGGAAUCGCAUUCGACUGGCAGUGAAGCGUCUGUCAUAUCAAUUCCAGUCACCGUCAAAUCGUACUAUUCGAGUUUCAAAAUAUCUCCGAAUGUUGCCAUCAAUUUUGGCCCAAUCUUGUCAGAUUCUGAGCGAGAGAUGCAGCUGCAAAUUGAAAAUACUGGACUUUUCGAUUUCAAGUAUGCGGUACUCAACCCCCAACUUGUUAAUAAUACCAAUCCCGAUUUUUUCGAGCCACCAAAAAAGGUCACGCCAAAGAGCAAAAAGGAUCAGGCAUCGUCAAAGAAAAGUUCCUCAGCAAAGACCAAGAGCAAACCAGAACAUUUGGAAAUAGAACCAUUCAUAAUCAGAGAUUCUUGUGGAACAGUGAAACCCGGUUCAGUUGCCAAUAUGAAAGUGAUUUGUAAAAAUCCUCGUUUGGGUGAUUGUGUCACGGACGUCUUGAUAAAGAUUAGUGGAAGUGACCAUCCGGACGGUGUUACAUACAAACUGUUGGCGUAUGGUUGCUCUCCACAAAUUGAUAUUUCAAACUUGGAUGCCAUUUUCCACGAAGCUCAUCUGCAAGACGAAUUCCAGCCGAACUCGUUUGAAACAGUAUUUGAGCCGAAAAUAAUAUUCUCGAAGAGGGACUUAGUUCUGGUGUUCUACAAUACAUUGGUUGGUGGAACUGCCAACAUAAAUGUGCAUUUCUCCAACACUGACCGCUUGCCUUGCGAUUUGAGUUUUGAAGUGACUUCCUCAACAGAUAUCGCCUGCUUCACAGUGCACCCAAUUAGAGAAACGAUUGGUCCACUCUCUAGUAAACUUUUCACUAUCAGCUUCAAUCCGAAAAAGUUUGAGAUUGUUUCAGGAGAAGCAGUUAUAACUACUGGUAAGGAAGUUUUAAGGAUAAAAUUAAUUGGAGAAGGGGUUCUUCCUCAGUUGGAAAUUGUGAAACCGCUGAGUGCAUCGAAGAAUAACGUUAUUAUACCGUUUGAGCCAACGCUUCUGUCUUACAGUACAGUUAAAGCAUUCACAUUGAGAAAUGUUGGGAAAAUCAGAUGCAAAAUUGUAAUUGAGGAACUUGAUUGUGAAUCGAAAGUGUUCCACUGGAGAAUGAUGCCAGAAAUUCAUCAUUCUGAACAUGGAUUUGAAGGCUUGUUGGACAAAAUAGAAGCGGACAUGAAGUCAAUCAUUCUUUUGAACCCAUUAGAAGAACGUGAUUUCGAAGUGAAAUUCCUUCCAGAUACCAUUGAUUCUUUCACAUGCAAGUUGAAGCUUCUACUGGUUAAUAACCCAUAUGAAAGCUAUUCAAUCACAAUGAUCGGCUCCAGUUAUCAAGACGAUGUUAUAAUGAGAGAUGUGACCAGAAUCGACAGCAAAGAGUCGGCAGAUCUAUUGAAAUCGUUGAAAUUUGUGCCCGACUCAAAGUUCUUGGCUGCUUACGCGGCUGAAUAUGGAGCUGUUUACCUUGGACAGUGCAAAGAGAAAAGCUUCCAAAUCUGCAAUCUGAGUAAUGAUUUUCAUCGAUUCGAAUGGGAAGAUCUUGGGAAUGUGACUGUUAGUCCCAAGUCAGGGCUGGUCUAUCCAAACUGCUGUGAAGAAAUAUGCAUGACUUUCCAUUCUGAGGAACCAAUUACACCCUUAUUCAAAAUGCCUGUCGUAUGCUCUUUCAUGAGAGUUGAACUCCACUCUGAUGUCGACGCUCUGAAGGAAUCGAGUUUUGAGUCGACGAGUUUGUCAAAAGAUUGUCAUGAUUAUAUAUUAUUGGAGCCAAUGGGUAGUGCUGUAGAGCCUGAAUACACUGUUAUUGAAGAUACAUGCCAGCAGAUAGUAGUUAUUGCUACCGGGGUGGUCGACAACCCUGUACCUUUCUGCGAAAUAAACUCAAUCACUUUCCCGGAGACCUUGCUUUUUCAAGUUUCAGGUAGAACAUUUGAUGUAACGAACAACAGCUGUGUUCCUUUGAGUUUUGAGUGGCGCUUCAAAGAUGCCAGCUCUGAUAGACUCGAAGAGAGGAAGUUGAGUGGCUCUGCAGUCGCUUCCCGUGUUUCAUUUGGGACCACACAACCACGCUUCAACAACAUCCUUAAUGAAAUUAUAGGGCCUCCAAUUUGCAGAAGGAAAAACACGGUGAAGCCAAAUACUGCUCAUAACAGAUAUUGCUCAGCUAAACCAUUGCCAAGCUCAGUAUCUUUGAUGAAAAGACCAAGCACUGCAAUGCAUUUGAAAGAGACACCCAACUUUUCUGACCCUCCAAUUCAGUACAAUAAGCAUCCGUUUUCGAUAUCAUCGAUGAGCGGCAUUAUUCAAGCCAAUGAAACAGUUUCAUUCGAAGUAUCGUUCGCUCCUGUUGUCCGUGGCAUUCACUCAUUACUUCUUCAUCUCAGGGUUAAAGGCUUGACAACCGCAUGCGAGCAGUUGCAGAUUGACUUGAGUGGCAGUGGAGUGUCUCCAGUGUGUCAUCUGCUGGUGGCAACAUCUGAUUGCCUGUCAGCAGGCAGACAUCGCUCCUGUCUCUCUGUUCAGCCUCAUUGCAAAGUCAUCGAAUUCGAAGUCCUUGGCUCAACAAAUCCUGUCACAAAAUCAUUUGAUAUUGUAAACACUACUGGCAAUCCAUAUUGGUUCACUUUGAAACAAGUUGCGCCGCUCAAUUCUCCUUUCUCGUGUCUCACACCCGAUGGCGAGAUUGAGCCUUUUAAGCAGAAUACGCUAUCGUUUGUCCUGUUUCCUCAAGAACCUGGCACAUUUGAGUCUCUGUGGCAUUUGGAAAUACCGAAUCUGGAUGUCAUGCAACCUUUUCUGAUUGUCGGAAAAGCUAGAGAACCAUCUGUCUCUCUCAGUAGUAGUCAUGUGUACAUGCAACAUACUUUUGUCGGGGUUCCUGUUUCAUGCACGGUAUCUCUUUUGAACAAUGAAAAUGUCGAUUUGAAUUUCAAAAUAUUUUGGGCCGAAGGAUACAAUCAGACCAAAGCAAUUCGGAGACGGUGACAAACAUCUAAAAGUGAAACCUGCAAGUGGAUUCAUCAAAGCGCAUUCCCAGAUUGAAUUGAUAUGUACAAUAAUACCUGAUAAGCCAGGGGAAGACGUGGUGUUAUUGAAAUGUCAGGUGGAGAGAUGUAGAGAGCCUCUACUACUGCAUGUUCAUAAAUGUUCAUUCAAUGUGCAUCCCCGCAUCUCUUACAUCACUUUUCACAAUACAAUUGAAGAACUUUCACCAUAUGCCCAGAACCGAAUCAAUUUGAAUAAGCUAACACCAAGAAUCCCGUCUUCCAUUCAGUUGACUAUUGCUAAUUUGGGAAAACUGCCAAUCACCUACAGAUGUGGUUCCAACAAAGAGGAAUGUCGACUAGCUAGAACUGAAGUCUACUGGAAUAAGAAACAUG